CCUGCUGUGUUUGUCAGGCAGAGUUUGCGUGUGUAUCUUACAUUUCCUUCAGAUGUGUGGGGAUCGAUGCAGCUGUUAAAUAUUGUUGUUCAUUAGGCACAAAUAUUUCAAUAGCUGGAGAACGUUUACAGAUAACGAUCUGUGCUUUUCUUUGAAAUCUGACGGUCUUCACCGUGUAGUCAAUAUCCCGCCCUGCUUCAAACUUGGCAGCCAAUUGCAAGCCGUUUCAGCUUGCAGUCGUGAGGUCCGGUCAUGUGAUUUUUGACAGCCAAUGGCGAGUGGUUCUUUGUAGAUGACAUCACUAGCGAGCUGUUUCCCUCCAGCUUGCAGUGGAGCUUCAUUUUCUGCUGAGAGUGCUGGUGCUGAAAUGGAGGCUAGCUCAGAUCGCUGUAGGUGAUCCGCCUUCUCCCUCCUACCCUCCAAAACUCCCUCCCUCUUGGACGGACAGAUAGGUGUUGACAUGCUCUGAGGAGGGGAGCAAGAUGGUUUUGGACACUCCAAGCUCAAAUGGGCCUUUUCAGCCUUUGCCCCUCACGUAUUUCAGAGAUGUGCCCCCAGCAGAGCAGGAGAAUCUGUUUUUGCAGAAGCUGCGCCAGUGCUGUGUGCUCUUUGACUUUGUAUCCGACCCGCUGAGCGAUCUGAAAUGGAAGGAGGUGAAGCGGGCGGCACUCAGUGAGAUGGUGGAAUACAUCACACACAACAGGAAUGUCAUCACUGAACCCAUCUACCCAGAGGUGGUGCACAUGUUUGCAGUCAACAUGUUCAGGACAUUACCGCCCUCGUCCAACCCGACAGGGGCAGAAUUUGACCCAGAGGAGGAUGAGCCCACGUUAGAGGCUGCCUGGCCGCAUUUGCAGCUCGUCUAUGAAUUCUUCCUGCGUUUUUUAGAGUCUUCAGACUUCCAACCAAACAUAGCCAAAAAGUACAUUGACCAGAGAUUUGUCAUGCAGCUCUUAGAACUCUUUGACAGUGAAGACCCUCGAGAAAGAGACUUCCUGAAAACCACUCUGCAUCGCAUUUAUGGCAAAUUUCUAGGCCUCAGGGCCUACAUCAGGAAGCAGAUUAAUAACAUAUUCUAUAGGUUCAUUUACGAAACAGAGCAUCAUAAUGGAAUAGCAGAGUUACUUGAAAUAUUAGGAAGCAUAAUCAACGGGUUUGCCUUACCACUGAAAGAAGAGCACAAAAUAUUCUUGUUGAAGGUUUUGUUGCCUUUGCAUAAAGUCAAGUCUCUCAGUGUUUACCACCCGCAGCUGGCUUACUGUGUGGUACAGUUCUUAGAGAAGGACAGCACUCUCACAGAGCCGGUGGUCAUGGCUCUUCUAAAGUACUGGCCGAAGACCCAUAGCCCAAAGGAGGUGAUGUUCCUCAACGAGCUUGAGGAGAUCCUGGAUGUAAUUGAGCCCUCUGAGUUUGUCAAAGUCAUGGAGCCUCUCUUCAGACAGUUGGCAAAAUGUGUCUCCAGUCCACACUUUCAGGUUGCAGAGAGAGCCCUGUAUUACUGGAACAACGAGUACAUCAUGAGUCUGAUCAGUGACAAUGCAGCCAGAAUUUUGCCCAUCAUGUUUCCGUCCCUUUACCGCAACUCGAAAACCCACUGGAACAAAACAAUCCAUGGUUUGAUCUACAACGCUUUAAAGCUCUUCAUGGAGAUGAAUCAGAAACUCUUUGAUGACUGUACACAACAGUUCAGAGCAGAGAAAAAUAAAGAGAAGCUAAAGUGGAAAGAGCGUGAGGAAGCCUGGAUAAAAAUAGAAAACCUUGCGAAGUCGAACCCCCAGUUCCUCUUGUAUAUUGACUCGACCGGUUUGAGUAGCCCAAUGGAAAUUGAAACGGACAGCGUAGGAAUGGAUGAUGUCACCGCGCUCAAAAAGGCAGUAGAAGAAGAAGCUGUGCAGCUUCAGAGGGAGCAGCGAAGAGAGCGACCCCUAAUGCGUCGCAAAUCGGAGCUUCCUCACGACAUGUCCACAGUAAAGGCCCUAGAAACCCACCGGCGUGCGGAUGACAUGAUAACCAGCCGUGAUGGCCACUAAAGGAGCGGAGCAGCUCAGAGGCAGAGGCCAAGAACAGCGCGCCCGGUGCACAGCAGCAGAGGCAGCAGCAGCACAGGAUGGCCUGGUGUGACCCGGAAACCUGGACACACAUUUAGCUCUGCUCCCAUAAAGAGCCACAGUGACCCUCCCUCGGCCAGUGCCCCUACGCUGGAGUUUUUAUUUUAGACCUUCUCAGGUGUACUCUUUUGUUUGUUUGUUCGUUCGUUUUUUGUGUGUGGUCUUGUUUCCACAAAUCUCUUCCUUUCUUGUCACAUGCAUCUGCACUGACUUUCCUUCCAUCACUUACCGUUAAUUUCAUUAAGGGAGUAGGUGCUAGGGUGAAAACCGUGAGCGGGUUGUUUUUCAGCACAGGAGCACUUGCAGUUUGACUGCUGACCAUUGUGUUUUAAUUGAGCAAAAGCCUCUCAACCUACAUGAAGACGGGAGAGUGCAGAUUUUGGGUGAAAAUGUGUAUUCAUCUCUUAUCUUUUUGUUUUCUCCACUUAAUGCUAGGACAUAGCUGCUAUUGCCUCCAGCUUUGUGCCUCAGUCUGGUAGUUUCAUGUCAGUUUGUGUGUGAUUGUUUGUUUGUUUGUUUAAUGUGUGAUCUGGUCCAGCAAUGGGGACUGUCAGCCAAGUGUCACUGUUUGGCAAAAGGAGCAGAUUUAUGGUAUCUAUUUUACUUUUAAAAUAUGCUCGCCAGACAUUGGAAAGCUCCUAACCUUGAUGAAUAUCUAAAGGAAAAUAUUCCUCUGUAGAAAUUAGGUCCUGUGCCAAUUUAUUUUGUUGUAAUAUAUUUUUAGAUGCUAUUCAGUACACCUGGCUAUAAAUACACCCAGACUGUGUGGAUGUUCAAACAAUGGUAAAUGAUUCGAUGCAUUUGCGUCCAUAUUUCCUUGACUCUGAUGGCUGUUUCAUGGUGGUGGAAGAACUGCCUGGAACUGCCCUCACAGUGGGAAAGCACCUAGGACACGGGUUAUACGGCGCUUUUUUUUUUUUGUAAAGCAUUAUUAAUUUUGCUAUGUUGAGCCCUUUUAGGGGUUUCAUAACAUCAUUUUCAAGUUUACUCUAAUGAACUUAGAACAAGCUGCACACAUCAAUUGUUUGGUCUGUAUCCACUGAGUGGCAGUUUACGAAUAUGUGGAAGCACCAGAUUGUUAAAAAAUAAAAAGCCUUUAUUUACAUUGAGUGCCUUUUAGCGAAUAGGAAAAACCUUUUAUUAAAUGCUAUAAGCAUAUAAAAGUUAUAAAGGCAACGAGGUUUUCUAAAUAAGUUUUCUGUUACAAAAUGCUACCGAAUUAGAGGAAAGAUGCGAUUAUAAUUAUAUCCAGUGACCUUUUGAUAAAAACGUACACUGUGGGUAAACUUGGUCUGCUUAACCAGUUGUCUAGAGGAGUCACCAUGUGACUUCGGAUGGUGGAGUAACCUAACGAACAGUAGAAAUCAGACCACGUUUAAAUCGUAUGGUCCAUAUUGUGUCCCAUAGAGGAUAAAAGGUUUAGGUGUUUUAUUUCUUCAUCUCUCUUGUUGGGUUUGUAAGGUUAAAGACCUGGGCCAUUGUUUGAACUUCCAUUAGGUGCUGAGGCGUGAGAGGCUCAUAACAUUCUGAGGGUCUUGUAUGUCUUUGGGAAUUGUUUGAAAUUAUAAAAAAAAAAUAUAUAUUGUUUGUUUUUGCUUGCAUUAGCUUGUUCGAUAUGAAUGUGCAAGUUUGUAAAUAGGACUACAGUGAUCAGUCUUUUUAAUUGUCAAAGAAUAGCAAUCACCAAUAAUUUGUUCCACACAUCUGGUAUGUUUAGCUGUUUCUAAAGGCCACCACAUUUAUUUUUCUUUCACCAUCAAUAGGCUAGUGCUUUACAAGAGGUAAGUAGUGCAUCAGCUCACUACUACAGUGUGUGUGUGUGUGUCAUCCUUUCCGCUGCAAACCGGAGCUUGUUUUCAGCAUUAAAUGGCUUUAAAUGAA